AUUUCUAUUCGUGUCCCAAAUCGACAUCUUGAGAAGAUGAAAGAAGAUAUCCUGUAUCAUUUUGCUCUGGGGACUGGGACUCAUGACUUCCCUGCCUUGUUUGGAGAUGUCAGGUCUGUAUAUGUUGGAGGAAGCCCUUUACGGAUGAAAGCUUUUAUUAUCUACAUUGCUGAAGAGCUGGGAAUUGGCAGCCCUGGUAAUGACUAUCCCAAUAUAUGUGCAGGAACGGAUCGCUAUCCAAUGUACAAAGCAGGCCCAGUGCUAUCAGUCAGUCAUCGAAUGGGGAUCCCUUCAAUUGCUAUCAUGUUACAUGAGCUCAUCAAGCUGCUUUAUCAUUCCAAAUGUUCUGGUGUAACCAUUUUUCGUAUUGGCACAUCUGGUGGCAUAGGUAUUUCUUCUGGUAAGCAAUCUGUAGAUGCCACCUUCAAACCUCAGUUCGAACAGGUUGUUCUGGGAAAGCCUAUAUAUCGCAGCACAGACUUAGAUGAGAAACUGGCUGAAGACUUGAUGGAGUGUGCCAAGGAACUAGAUCAAUUCAAGACAGUCUUUGCGAACACUAUGUGCACUGUGGACUUCUAUGAAGGUAAUGUUGGAGUAAACAAAUAUUGCAUACUUUAAGGGAUAUUUGGGGAAUAUCCCAUGUACCUGUUUACCAUGAUGUAACUUCCUAAUGGGUGGGGUUUAGCUACCUGACUUCCUCCUCCUUUGU